CGGUACUCGAAUUUGAGGGAGAACCGGGAUGCCUCGUCCAAAGGUCUCUAAGCAAACUCGACAACGAAUCGCAAAGGCCUGUAUACAUUGCCAGUCUGGCAAACAAAAAUGUGACGGUUUACAUCCAUGUGCCCAGUGCAUUAAGCGCGAACGGUCGAGCGAGUGCGAGUACUCUUCUCAUGUUCGCUCCUAUGGUCGUCAACGCCUCCGCAAAACUAAUCCUAUCCACCGGCCAUCUGGAGGUGUCCAUGUGGGUAGCCUCAAUCAAUAUGGCCCUGUUGAUAAGGACCUCAGAGAGGAUUCUAAUGCAUUCCAUGUUGCUAUUCCAAGACUACCCCAUAACGUGCGGGACUCAAAAGGGAGAGCAAUCUACUUCGGAAAUUCGGCGGCACUGUCUUUUCUUCAAAGUAUCCAAGAGCUGAUGGAAGUCGAUGACACGCUUCAAGUUCUAUCCGCAGGUGCUCCUACCAAUUUGGUGUCUGAAGACCUGGUACCUCAUGAUGGUGACAGCUUUUCCCUCCACGGUUAUAUCAACGGCCCCGAGAUGCUUUCACUUAUAGAAGUUUUCUUUACGUCGACUUGUGGAAUCCUGGACAUCUUCAAUCGGUCUCAGAUCGGAAGCCUCGUCGACGCCUGGGUUAAUGAAACUCUUUCACCAUCGAGCGGCAGCACCGCAAUCCUGUAUCUCGUGAUUGCAUACGCCGCGCAGACUCGUGACGCUUCUGAAACAGACAAAACAAUCUCUAAGCAUUGUUUUCACUAUGGCCAGCAGACUUCAGUUCUCAAGUUGACAACCGAGCCUAGCAUCGAAAGUGUUCAGGCAUUUUUACUUAUCAGCCUAUACAUGCUGGGUCAGGCCCAGCGCAAUGCCGCCCAUUUUAAUUUGGGAAUCUCGUUGAGUGCAGCGAGGGCUCUUGGGUACCAUCGUAUACCUGCGGACGCGGAACAAGGGGAUCAACUUCCGAGACGCAUCUGGAGAACAUUAUGCUAUCACGAUUUAUUUUUCUGUGCCAUGAUGGGCCGCACCCCGUCAACAUCUACUACUGAUUUACUAGAAGGUAAUGACACACCGUCUGACUCUAGCGAUCCAGACUACGGCCAGCAACUUGGCAUGAUCGAAGCAGCUCGAGCAUUCUCCAUAAUGAGGCAAACGGUUAUCAACAUCUACACAAGGCAGUCUGUGCCAUUGGGACUACUUGAACAAAUUUCAUCCGAUCUGCAAGAACUAAGAAAACGUGUACCUGCCGGGCUAUGUUACCUGGAACAAGGUCUCUCAGAAGGAAAUAAACCACUCCAGCGCCAACAGUUUGUCUUACGAAACGCCAGUGUUGCCUGCGAUUACCACUUCAGCAUGAUGCUUCUCAUGCGACCUUUUCUGGUUUCCUGUUUGAGGAUAAGCUUUCAGAAAACUACAGCUUCUCAAACAGGAGGGAAUGAAGAAUUGCAAAACUCCACUAUCCAAAAAGAAAUUACAAGGGGGGCGAUGCAAGCUAUCGAGGCAGCAAUAAGCACCAUUCAAGUCAUACAUGAUCUCCACGUGAGGGGUCUACUAUUCAAAAAUAUGCCUCUCGUAGUUGCCCGAGUACUUGUGUCAGCCUUGACGGUUUGUGCAGCCUUUUUUGGCCGUCUGGGUGACUCCAAAGAAUGUGAACUUGCGAUACAUCGAGCCGAUCAAAUCCUUCAACAUUUCAUGGAAAGCAGUCCUCAGGCAAAGCACUAUGAUGCUACUCUGAAGAAUCUAUCCAAGGCAGCGUUUGGCUUUGGCUGCCACGGAGGUAACAGAAAUUCGCCUACUGCCAUUAACUCCAUGUCCGAUCUUUUUGGAUCGCAUUCAUGUGAUCAAAACAAUCUCGUGGCUGGUGGUGAGAGAAGCCUCGCCACGAAAUCGGACUCUAGGGGCAUCGCUCAAGGAAACAGUUCAUCUGAAAAUACUUUCGCAUCCUAUCUUCCUUCAAAUCAGUUUUCAGGGAUGCCAUCGGUAUUCGACGAUGACAAUGUUCCUUUAGAGGGAGACUUCCAACCAGAGAGUGUCGGUCUUUCUGCCGAUCAGGCAACUGUCGACUCUUUUAACUUGAAUGGCCUGGAUGAUUACAAUCUCUUUCUUGAUUUUCAGAUGACAGAAAGCAUAUGGGAUAUCAACUGGGAUGGAAUGCUUCUAUAAAUUAAUUGACAAGAUGAGAUCAGCAAAUACAAGGUCAACCUGCGGGAUUUGCAUUCAAGGACUCCAGACUAGAUUGAAGCAAGACCUGGGGUGUACGCGACUCUAUAGAUCAGCUUCCUCGCACUGAUGGUUCCAUUUUGCAAAUGCCGCAAUCCACCUUCAACGGCGGCUAACCCGCCGGGUAGCACCUGAUAAGGGUGUCCAUUCAUCUUUCCUUCGGCGAGCCACUUUCCUAGAAGGCGAAACAGAGCAUAAGCAAAAUCCACAUCUUCUUUGCAUUCCUCAUCUGAAUACGGU